ACUUCCCUCGUAUUUUAUGCAGUUACCUAAAACAUGUUCCUCCGUUUCUCCCCCCACCCCACAUCCACACACACCUGUGGGAUGUUUCCCCAUCAGAUGCAUCAUAUUAUUAAGCCCACCAGUAUGUCCCAAUUUUAAUCUUGAUAUUAUUCUUUCAUCUCUACUAUUCCUCCUUAUAUUUUUCCAUUUUCCUGCUUUCCCUUGUAUCUGAAAUAAAUGUCUUCCUGUCUCUUCCUUUCUCUCGUUCUUUGCCACUCUUCCAUUAUAUGUGCUUUAAUGAUAGAUUUAAUUUCAGCGGCACUUUAUGCAAUAUUUAUUAUUUCUCUCUCUCUUAUUGUCUUUUUUGCAAAAACAUCUGCCAUUUCAUUUCCUUCUACUCCUCUAUGUGCCGGUGCCUAUUAAAAGUUAACUUCUGUACCCAAUUUCCUUAAUCUAAAUAUGGUCUCAUAUAUUUCAUAUAAAAUAUCUAUUUGACUUUUGGUAGACUGCCUCCCAGACUGCUGAAGGCACAGCCUUUAUAUGCAGGUGUUUGCUCAUUAGGAUAAUUCCUCGCAGCUGUGCUCCUCAGCAGCCCGGGAGAGAUGAGGAGGUGGGGCGGUGUCAGGCUGAUUCACCAGGGCUUGGUGAUCCUGGCUGCUUCUUUCCCCUGGCCAGACUGACAACCGUAACAUAGGGGUUGCCUUUAAUAUAGCGUGGAUGCUUGAGCGCCUCGCUUGCUCAUCCUCGCUUGAAUAAGAGAGAAUUGAGUCCACCUUAGCAUUGUUUGUGGAGUCAGUAAUCCUGGAGUUAGGGUUAGGGCCUUUGCUCCUGCAGCAUGCUCUCAUUGAUCUGCUCAUUAGAAGCAUCAUCAACACUGUCCAAAUGUGAAGUGGAUCAUCAUGAUAACAGAGCCAGGUGAGGCCCAAACAGAGGUGCAGUAUUUUCCUGAAGCUGCUGCCUACUCUACACCAAAACAGGGGCAGGGUGAGGUGUGCCAGAGUCAAAGCCAAAGCUCAUUAGUUGAGGACCCGACCAGCCACAUGACAUCAAGCAGUCACAUCACGCGAUCACCAGUCAGAAACCCUCUGAGUUUCAGAAUGAUGCAGAUCAAAGUCACACUACUGGAUGGAUCAUUGUUUACCUGCAACAUGGAGAAACGGGCCCGAGGCUUGCAGCUAUUGGAAAAAGUUUAUGAAUAUAUCAACCUGCUGGAAAAGGAUUAUUUUGCUUUGUCCUUCAGAGAUGCAGACAACAAUAAGAAUUGGUUGGAUCCAGCCAAAGAAAUCAAGAAGCAGGUCAGAGGUGUUCCCUGGAACUUCACAUUUAAUGUAAAGUUUUACCCUUCCAACCCCGCCCAGUUGUCUGAGGACAUAACCAGGUACUUCCUGUGUCUCCAGCUCAGACAAGAUGUUGUUUCUGGUCGUCUUCCUUGUUCAUUUGCAACUCACACAAUCCUUGGUUCUUACACGGUUCAGUCGGAGCUUGGAGACUACGAUCCAGAAGAAUGUGGUCCAGACUACACUAGCGAGCUGUGCUUUGCUCCAAAUCAAACUAAAGAGAUGGAGGCGAAGAUCAUGGAGCUGCACAAAACAUACAGAGGAAUGACUCCUGCUGAAGCAGAGAUGCACUUCCUGGAGAAUGUGAAGAAGCUUUCCAUGUAUGGUGUGGACCUUCAUCAUGCAAAGGACCCAGAGGGCAUGGCCAUCAUGUUGGGAGUGUGCAGUAGUGGUCUUCUGGUCUACAGAGACAGACUAAGGAUCAACCGUUUCUCGUGGCCGAAGAUUGUGAAGAUUUCUUACAAAAGGAACAACUUUUACAUCAAAAUCCGCCCAGGAGAGUUUGAUCAGUUUGAGUCCAUCAUUGGCUUUAAGCUGCUGAACCACCGAGCAGCGAAGCGGCUAUGGAAGGUCUGUGUUGAGCAUCACUCCUUCUUCAGGCUGGCUUCUCCAGAAGAACCACCAAAGAAGUUUCUGUCCUUGGGUUCCAAGUUUCGCUACAGUGGGCGAACUCUGAUUCAGAGCCGCAGAGCCAGUGCACAGAUCUCCAGACCUGCACCCAACUUUCCACGAUGCAUCAGCAAGAAAAACCUGCUCAGUCGCAGCCUUGAUGGAGCUUCCAGGGCCACUCCCACCUCUUCUCUGAUUGGCUCUCCUGUCAUUACUGUGUCCACCAAAGCCAAUCGAGGUGCAAAUUCAGAUAUGGGCUCAGGAUUGUAUGGAGCUUCUAAAGCCAUUGCCAUCAAUGAACUCAUUGCCAUACUAACACCUGAGAGCAGGAUGGAGGAAAAGAGCCAGAAGCCAG